GGCAGGCCAGGGCGGGUCCCUCUUCGCCUGUCUUAUUGCUUGCCUUUGCAAGGCCAUGAGCUUCUCGGUUUGCAGUAGGAAGUCCGUUUUCCAUUAGUCUCUUUUAGGGAUAAGCCGAGUAACCAUAACCGCGAACCGCCUUGCUGUAAUGUGUGCUGGAAUUGCGUAUCAUCUCGAGCCAGCCAGCCAGCCAGCCACCCAGCCAGCCAAAUAGCGACAGCAGCUUGUCGAUAAUUUCUCCACCGCACGCCCCUGUGCCUUCGUCCUUUGGCAGUUCGUAUUUGGGAAUCGCAUAACGUCCGUGUCGUUGUUGAUUCGUUGUACCAUAGCAACAAUCCCCUCGACUGCUACCCUUAGCAGCAACGGGAACCACGAUUGCGCGAUUCACUAUCCUGCUGCAUGCGGUGACCGGAUGCCGCGUCACUGUUUAUGCUGCAGCUAAACGCGAUUGUAGAUUUGUGCUGUGGGUGGGUGUGGGGAUAGUUUGGUUGGAUUGUAACCUAACGAUGGUUGUUCGUGACUAUCUGUUUUUUUAGAGCUUGGGUUUGGAUUUUUUUUUGCAGUUAUUGGUUCCUUGUGUUGCUGUUUAUUUAGUAUCCGUCAAUCCGCCACCCAUACCAUAUAUCAGAACUGGAGCUCUUAUAUCUCCGCUCCGCUCCGAUUAUCGCUCCGUUCUGUUGUAGAAUGCUUGAUGCCGUUGCUGUUGCCAAGAGCAAUCGCCAUUGAUUUGAUCCGUGGAAAUCCGUGAUGGUGGCGAGGAAGAAAGGGUAUGAGAGAAUAUACGAGGAACCCUUCACGUUUUUCUUUUCCACGAUUCCUAGUUGAGCACUAUUUAGCAACAGGGCGCGCACAAUCGUGAAUUAGAGGUUGUCGCAGCGCCAACGUGUUUGCAUCGUCUGUGUCACCGGAAACCGUUUUGGAAACUGGGUGGGAAUCGGAAUAGUAUCUGAGUGUGGCUGCACUUGACUAAAAACUUUCUAUUCAACGGUUGCGUGUGCGUUUGUGCUCUCCAAGCGAUGUUUCCGAUAUUUUUCGAAAUCGGUUUCAACGGUGAUGGUGGACCGCUCCACCGUCUGUUGAAGGGCAAAGACAUAAACAACAACGAGGAGCGACAGAAAGCUGCUGCUGCGGCGGCGCUGGUGAUGGUACCGAUUAUACAGACCGAUGUUUCGGAUGUGAUAUCGUACGAUACGAACCGGCAGUCCAAUCGAGACCUAUUGCGAUCGACCUCCUUCGAUGAUGAUGAGGAUACGAAAACAGACGAGCAAAGGAACCCGACACAAGCGGUGAUCCGGUUCCAGAAUCUGAUGGCCAAUCGUCAAACAUUGGGGACGGGAGCCGGUGCUCCACCUUCGACGGCAGCGGCUGGAGUCGUUACUCCACCCUCGACGGCAGCGGUUGGGUUAGUUGCUCCAUCCUCGACGGCAGCGGCAGCAAAACGAUCGACACAAGCCGCAGAUACGCAAAGACGACAGGCGACGACAAAUGGUAAUCGAACAACGGAGCAGCAGCCUAUUGAGAAUAAGAGGCAGCCACUGAGGGUGUCAGCAGGCGGGACAACUGGUGCUCAACAGUCGCAAUCCAAUGCUAGUAGUUCCGGUAUACAAGCAAUGAGCGGCUCCGUUCCCCGCCGCUCAUCGUGCGUGGUUUCGGUGGGCCUGAUGGAGGAGAAUCGGGCGCGACAGCGGGACAAGUUCAAGGUGAUGCGCGAAAAAAAAAACGCCCUGAUGAACCAGGACGGUGGCAAUCCGAACUGGGAAUUCGCAAACAUGAUUCGUGAGUUCCAGAGCACUAUUGAAUUUCGGCCGCUUACGGAUGACCAGCCAGUCGACUGUCUGCCGAUCACAGUGUGCGUGCGAAAGCGCCCGCUCAGCAAAAAGGAGAAGGCGCGCAAGGAUAUUGAUGUAAUCUGUGUACCUAACCCGGAGACGCUGUUCGUGCACGAACCAAAAGCAAAGGUUGACCUGACAAAGUAUCUAGAAAAUCAGAAGUAUCGCUUCGACUACGUUUUCGACGAAACAUGCUCGAACGAGGCUGUAUACAACUACUCGGCCAAGCCGCUGGUGCAAUCGGUGUUCGAUGGUGGAAUGGCAACCUGCUUCGCCUAUGGCCAGACCGGUUCCGGCAAGACCCACACUAUGGCGGGCACUUUCACCGGCAGAACGGGACAGCAGAAUUGCAAGAACGGCAUUUACGCGCUCGCGGCAAAAGACAUGUUCGAUCUUCUACACAGUCCCCAGUACGUUGAUUAUCAUUUUAUUGUGACGGCUAGUUUUUAUGAAAUCUACAGCGGAAAGGUGUUUGAUCUGAUGGCAGACAAACUGAAACUCCGGGUUCUCGAAGACGGCAAGAAGCAGGUACAGCUUGUCGGACUAAAGGAGAUAGAGGUUACUUCGGUGGAAGAGGUACUCGCUGUCAUCAGUGCUGGCAACAGUGUUCGUACGUCUGGCCAGACUACCGCCAAUGCCAACUCGUCGCGCUCGCAUGCAAUUUUUUCACUUACUUUGCGAGUCCCAAACUCGCCACCGUCCGACAUCUGGGGAAAAUUCUCGUUCAUUGACCUGGCCGGUAGCGAGCGGGGUGCGGACACGUCUGCAAUGGACCAACGCACUCGCUCGGAGAGUUCCGAUAUCAACAAGUCGCUCUUGGCUCUGAAGGAGUGUAUUCGUGCGCUUCAUGUGCCAGCCCGUGGCCGCAAGACUCGUCUUCCCUUUCGGGGUAGCACGCUAACCAUGGUACUGCGUGAUUCCUUCAUGGGAGAAAAAAGUCGAACUUGUAUGAUAGCGAUGAUUGCGCCGGGCAUGUCGUCCUGCGAGCACACACUCAAUACACUUCGUUACGCGAAUCGUGUCAAGGAGCUGGUGGUGAUCGAUCCGUCCGCCAACCCCGGUGGCCCGACCCCGAACGGUGAGCAGGCGAACGAGGAUGAACUGGAAAACGAUUCAGCACUCCUACAAGCGUUAAACGACAAUGAAAUGUCAGUGGAAGCCUUUAAUCAUCACGCAACCAUAACAGAGCUGCAACAAAAGGAAGAGGAAGUUGUUGAUAAUCAUCAGCGGGUGCACGAGUUUAUAGAAAAAUUCAUCCAAGAAUCACGGAAGUUAUUAAAUCUAGCCAACACAGUAUACUGCGACCAGCUUGCGUAUGCUAAGGCCUGUAAGAACCUAUUUAGCACUCUAACAGAAAAUGCAUCCAUGAUGAGCGGUUUAUUGUCGGAGUUCGAGACGAUGUUGAUCCAGGAGGAGAUGGCAUCGCAAGCAGCUCAUCAGUACUAAAACUAAAUUUUCCUUAUCCGCUUCGUCUUAAUUUUAGCGGAUACAGAAACUAAUGCCGAUGUAAUGAUCAUUGCCAUCUGCGCAUUAAGUAGCCGUGGCCAGAUGAAGCGUAAACUCUAGCGUAAAUGUAAAAAUUAAUGCCAAAACAUUUACGCUUAACGCUUAAGCAUUCCACACAUCGGGUCUGUUAAUGUUUAACAGACUCGAAAUUGUGCUGGCGGUGGGUCUGUUAAGCGUUAGCAGACCCGGACGGUUGCUCUCAGUCAAUAGGGAAGGCUACCUGGGGCAGCCUGCGACACCACCAUUAAAAUGCAAUAUUUAUAAAGAAUUCUAGUCACAACAUAGAACAAUCUUCAUGUCAUCUAGUUACAAUACGAAUAUGCUUCAUAUAAAAUCUUCUUACUAAUCUUCUUACAAAAAAGGCUUAAAUCGUCGUUGUUCACAAGUAACUGUUGCCGCUGUAAUGAUCAUUGCUAUCUGCGCAUAUAGUCAUGAUAAUUUCUGCACUCUGUGUAUCUUGUUUUACUGACUUUACUAUUGAUCUGUCCAUCUAUCUUGUUUUUCUAUCGGUUUAUUGUUGGUUGUACGAGAAAAAUGUUAUAUAUUGUGGCUAUGUAUUUUUUUUAAAUAAUGCAUUGCAAAUAAUGCAAAUUGCAUUGAAUGGGUGGAACUUGAAUGACUAGAAAAUGACUGACAGUGCUAUAGUAAAAUAAUUGUGCGGUGAUUUAAUUUAGCAUACGUACAAAAAAACCCGUGAUACACGAAUCAUGCAUCAGCUAAUCCUUGCUAAAGAAGACGGAUAGGUCUGGGCAGUAAAGAAGUUGUGGGAUCGCCUCAUUGAAAGAUGGCGAACGCUUUAGAGCACAAUAAUUUAAAAGGCUAACGUUAAAGGCAGUCGAAACUAAUAGUGGAGCGAAGAUAAGAUCAAAGACAAAACUAUGGCAACAGUAUAUAUAGGAGGUAAAGAGAUGGUUAACUCAAUAGAUUAUCUUUUGGGACAAGUAACAAUAUUUUGGGCAUAACUAUGCUUUCUCUCUGCUAAUUGAACGAAUAGUCAUAAGUUUGUUAGACAAAAGUGUAAGUUAAUACAAAAUAAAAAGUUAACAACCAA